ACGUCAAACGAAAGUCAUGUCAUACAUUUUUGUCACGUGAUUAUGAACUUUAAAUCGUUAAUAAUGUAGUUAUGUACAUUUAGUCAUGUAAAACUUUUGUAAAGUGACUUACAUUAGUGGGGACUUACAUUAGUGGGGGAUGCCUUGUUUAUUAGAAAAGCUAGAUUAAGAAACCAGCUAGAGCAAAGGAGACAUGCCGACAAUUCAUUUUUUUCUUCUUCUUGUGAGGUGUGGUUAAGUGCUUGCGGAAAGGGUUUAGCUACUGUAAACGUUUUUUAGAAGAUUCAUUAUUUGAAUGAACUGAAAAGAAGAGCAGUGCAGCCUAAACACACCUUCCAUUUACCCAGCAUCACAAUGACCAAGUCAGAGAUACCUGAGGCUUUUUAUCAAAAAAUAAAUACAGAAGAUACUGAAGGAUGUCUAGAUCUGAAGACAGAGAAACACCAGACACCUCAACUCACAGGAAGCAUCUCAGUGAAGAGCAGAAAGCAGAGAGCAAUUGGAGUGUGUUUGUGUUUGCUUUGUGCUCUUCUGCUGACAGCUGUAAUAGUGCUCUGUGUGUAUUUCACCAUCGAGAGAAGACACUUACCAACAAACAUCACUAACCUCAAUGAAGAAAGAGAAAAGAUACUAAAGCGCAGCAAUGAACUGACUGAAGAAAGAGAGCAGUUACUUACUAAUAUCACUAACCUCAAAGGAGAAAGAGAGCGGUUACUGAACCACAACAAUGACCUGACUAAAGAAAGAGAGCAGAUCCUUAAUCGCAACAAUGACCUGACGAAAGAAAGAGAGCAGAUACUGAAAAGCAAGAAUGACCUUACGAAAGAAAGGGAGCAGAUACUAAAAAACAACAAUGACCUGACUAAAGAAAGAGAGCAGAUACUGAAACGCAACAAUGACCUGACGAAAGAAAAAGAGCAGAUACUGAAACGCAACAAUGACCUGACGAAAGAAAGAGAGCAGAUACUAAAAAACAACAAUGACCUGACUAAAGAAAGAGAGCAGUUACUGAAACGCAACAAUGACCUGACGAAAGAAAAAGAGCAGAUACUGAAACGCAACAAUGACCUUACGAAAGAAAGAGAGCAGAUACUAAAAAACAACAAUGACCUGACGAAAGAAAAAGAGCAGAUACUGAAACGCAACAAUGACCUGACGAAAGAAAAAGAGCAGAUACUGAAACGUAACAAUGACCUGACUAAAGAAAGAGAGCAGAUACUGAAACGCAACAAUGACCUGACGAAAGAAAAAGAGCAGAUACUAAAAAACAACAAUGACCUGACUAAAGAAAGAGAGCAGAUACUGAAACGCAACAAUGACCUGACGAAAGAAAGAGAGCAGAUACUAAAAAACAACAAUGACCUGACGAAAGAAAAAGAGCAAAUACUGAAACGCAACAAUGACCUGACGAAAGAAAAAGAGCAGAUGCUGAAACGCAACAAUGACAUAACUAAAGAAAAAGAGCAGAUACUGACACGCAACAAUGAGCUGACUAAAGAAAAAGAGCAGAUACUGAAACGUAACAAUGACCUGACUAAAGAAAAAGAGCAGAUACUGAAACGCAACAAUGACCUGACGAAAGAAAAAGAGCAGAUACUGAAACGCAACAAUGACAUAACUAAAGAAAAAGAGCAGAUACUGACACGCAACAAUGAGCUGACUAAAGAAAAAGAGCAGAUACUGAAACGUAACAAUGACCUGACUAAAGAAAAAGAGCAGAUACUGAAACGUAACAAUGACCUGACUAAAGAAAAAGAGCAGAUUCUGAAACGUAACAAUGACCUGACGAAAGAAAAAGAGCAGAUACUGAAACGCAACAAUGACUUAACUAAAGAAAAAGAGCAGAUACUGAAAAGCAACAAUGACCUGACUAAAGAAAGAGAGCAGAUACUGAAACGCAACAAUGACCUGACUAAAGAAAAAGAGCAGAUACUGAAAAGCAACAAUGACCUGACUAAAGAAAGAGACAAGAUAAGGAAUGAGCAGAACCAGCUGCGUCAUUGGCUUCAUGAACAGGAUCAGCUCUCUGACAACUUUAAGUGGAUUUACUUCAGCUCCAGUUUCUAUUAUAUUUCAUUUGAGAAGAAGAGCUGGGAGGACAGCAGACGAGACUGUCAACAGAGAAGAGCAGAUCUGGCCAUUAUAAAGAGCACAGAGGAAAAAACAUUUUUGCAAAAGGUUCUUCAGAAUAACAAUUUAUGGGUUGGCUGGAGACAGACAAAUGGAGACAAUUGGAUAUGGAUUGAUGACCCUUUAGUGGCAAAUGGGUUUGGGUCUGACAGCAUCAACUGCGCUGUAGUGUCCGAAACAAAGUACUUUUCUUAUGCCUGCAAUACCUUACAUGGAUGGAUCUGUGAGAGGACACAUAUUAACCCUUAAAUUACUCAUUAUGUAACAAGUACACACACACACACACACACACACACACACACACACAAACACACACACACACACACACACUGCACCAAGGACAUCUUAUUUUUAUCUUGUUUGUUUUAUAUUCUUGGAUUGACCUAGAUUGUUCUUUAUUCAGUUUCAUAUAUUUCAUAAAUACCAUUUAAAAUAUGUUAAAAGUUUCUUUAAGCCCUGUUCAGAUAACACAAUAUUUUGGCAGAUUUUAGCACAAUCACCUAAUAAACAAACUCACUAUGUUUUAUUUCAAAAUAAGGUAAUUUUGUGGUAAUUUUGUGGUAAUAUUGUAAAUAUUUAGGGAGAAAACUGCUGUCAGUGGUGAAACCUAUAGACAAUUGCUAAGACGUUUGUCAUUUAUGCAGCUUUUUAAUGACAGAAUGUCAUAGUCUGGCAAUAUUGUCAAGAUUUUAUCUAAACAGUAAAAAUUGUACGAUCUGAAUGGGGCUUUACUUUGUCAGGUCAUUCAAUUUGAAUGUGUUGUUCCUGUUGGAUCUUUACAUUUGUUUUUUUUUUUAAAAUACUCUCUCUCUUUCUCUCUCUCUCUUUGCAUGCGGCUGUUUGUAUAACAGCACUAAACCAUGUCAUUAUGCUUUGCCACAAUCAUUAUGGAAGUUGUAAUAAAAUAAAUGUCAAAUAUAAAUGUUAAAUAAAAUUAUGUCUUUUAUUGACUAAGA